UUUGAUUGUCAAGACAAGACAAGAAGACAAGUGUCAAAAACCAAACAAAACAAAGUGUACAGAAAACGAUUUAAAUUUGGUAAAUUUUUAGUCUUGUUUUCUUGUAUGUUUGUUUGUAAAACACUGGCGAGAUGGAUGUAGGAGAAUUGCUUUCAUUUAAGCCGGUACCGACGCCGAAAAGGCCAAAUGAUGAAGAACUGGAAGAUUCUGAUGACGAUAACAACUACUCGUCUAAGAUAAGACGCUUAAACAAGAACACAAUAGACCGUUUGUCACAAUCCUACAGUACGAGCCUCCCUAAAGAGCCUAUGAUAACAGAUAAAGAAAGAGAAGACAUCUUAAAAUUUGUUGAAACUGAAGUGACAGAGGGUGAAGUGUUAGAUGAAACUGCUGUGAAAAAGUUAGUUCUUAAUUUUGAAAAGAAAGCCCUAAGAAACAGAGAAAUGAGAAUAAAGUUUCCUGACCAACCUGAAAAGUUCAUGGAGAGUGAAAUAGAUUUAUUUGAAGCUUUGCAGGAAUUAAGUGCCGUGGCCACUGUCCCUGACCAGUACCCACUGCUGGUAGAGUUAAAGUGUGUUAACUCUUUAUUGGAAUUAUUGUCACAUGACAAUACUGAUGUGUCUACAAAAGUGGUUAAUUUAUUGCAAGAGUUGACAGAUGUUGACAUACUGCACGAGAGUGAGGAGGGCGCGGAGGAGCUGAUCACCGCGCUGGCGGAGGCGGAGUGCGCUGCGCUGCUGCUGCACAACCUGCACCGCCUCGACGAGCAGGUGCCCGACGAGAGGGACGCGGUUCACAACACACUAGGUAUAAUUGAAAAUAUAACAGAAUUUAGGCCAGAGCUUUGUGUGGAAGUUGCCAAGCAAGGGUUCAUACAGUGGAUAUUGAAAAGGCUAAAAGUUAAAAUUCCGUUUGAUGGCAACAAGUUGUAUGCAAGCGAGAUUUUGUCUAUACUGUUACAAAAUACUCCAGAGAACCGCAAGUUGCUGGGUGAACUUGAUGGAAUUGAUGUUCUACUGCAGCAGUUGGCGUUCUACAAACGCCACGAUCCCAGCGGGCCCGAGGAGCAGGAAGCCAUGGAGAACAUGUUCGACGCGCUGUGCUGCGCGCUCAUGGAGCCCGCCAACAGGGACCGCUUCCUGCGCGGGGAGGGGCUGCAGCUCAUGAAUCUCAUGUUGAGGGAAAAGAAAAUGUCUAGGAACGGUUCGUUGAAAGUGUUGGACCACGCGUUGGCAGGCUCCGACGGACGGGAUAACUGCAACAAGUUUGUUGACAUACUGGGCCUGCGAACUGUCUUCCCGCUGUUCAUGAAGACGCCAAAGAGGAAGAGGUUGCUUACUGUUGACCAACAUGAAGAGCACGUGGUAUCGAUAAUAGCAUCAAUGUUGCGCAACUGUCAGGGCAGCCAGCGACAGAGGCUGCUGGCCAAGUUCACGGAGAAUGACCUGGAGAAGGUCGACCGACUGUUGGAGUUGCACUUCAAAUAUAUGGACAAAGUUGAUCGCACAGAGAAGGAUAUGGAGGCGGAAGGCGAAGACUUGGACGAUGACGCGCAGUAUUUAAAAAGAUUGUCCGGCGGCUUGUUCACUUUGCAAUUAAUCGAUAGGAUUAUUUUAGAGGUUUGCACGGCUGGCCCGCCUACAGUGAAACAACGAGUACAGCGCGUGUUGUCGCUCCGAGGCGGCUCUUUGAAGAUCAUUCGCCACGUCAUGAGAGAGUACGCGGGCAACCUGGGAGACGCCGGGAGCGAGGAGUGGCGCCAACAGGAGCAACAGCAUAUAUUGCAACUUGUCGAUAAAUUUUGAUAGUUUUUAUAAAUUUUGUAGAAUGAUAGGUAAAUAAAAACUCGUGAACGUUAAAA